GGCAUAUUGAAGUAAAGAUUCAAGUGACACCAUUUAAAGUCAAAGGGGAGGAAACGAACGCACACGCAUAAAAAAGGGAAGAAGAUUAAAGGGUUGCUUCCGCAUUGAACUAUUAGGAGUUUUUGAAUUCCUAACUUCUCCGUUGGGUUGUUGUGUCUCUUUUUAAAAAUUCAACCGAACACGGUUGCAUAUUUAAUUCGAAUAGGAGCUCAACAAUAGCAUGUCCCUCACGCUCACAAAGUUUCGCCUGGCGUCACGUGGGAAGGGUUACCACAACCGUGUUAUGGUGUACGCCCACCGCCGUCACAAGGCCUUUUACUUGCCACCUAAGAAGGCUCACGCGAACAGCCCUCUCACCAACAAGGAGCCUGAGGAAUACGGCAAUACGUGGGAUGCUCGUUGUGGGAUUGAGUGGUAUUACCGCACACGCCGACGUAACCACUACCGCCACUGGCCGUGGGCGCGUUGGACCGACGAUCCGAUCCGCCACCAUUCGGAUCCUACCAACCGCCGAACGAUUUCUGCGUUGAGUGAAGCGUCGAAUGAAGGGGUACCGGAAUGGAACUACUACGAAGAGGUUGGGCAGGAUUACGCGACGCCUUCGCACUUCCCCCUUACCUAUGUCGGACCUUUUAUUCACCAAUACACGGGCAAGGUCUGGUCGCGCGACAGGAUUCGCAAUUACCUGGAGGUAAUCCAGACCGGAACGCAUCUCCGCACGAUACAGGAUGUCGCCCAACAUUUGCCAGAUCUCAGGGCAUGGGGGGAGCGGCAACUCGACGCCUCAGGGCCUGUAAUGGAGACGGACAAUGGAAGUGCGCACGGCAAACCGGUGGUGAUGGUGCCGUGUGGCUUUCUUCAGCAUGUGGAACUAGUUGUUGCUGAUAUUGUAAAGCAAAAUGAUAGAAAACGAUUCCGUGAGGAGCAGCACAUGGCUGGUGUGCUUCGAACACGCGACAUGGUGAGGUACUACACUCUGCCAUAUCUGAAGGGACCUGCCAUGCCAGAGAAGCUUAAGCAGCCCUCGGGUGAGUAUCCGUGGGGUAAGUAUACCUAUAUGAAGGGGACUGUUAAAAUUCAUCCGCUGCAGCUUCCCGAUCGUCGCUAUACGCGUAAUAUGUAUCCCUUGUAG